UACGUAGCCCAAGACCCAAGUGCGCGAGCUCAGAAAACCUCACAACAACAAACUCUCCAUCUGUCAGCUCUCGCUCGGAAUCCAUGGGCUGGCGCAAGAAGCCAUCGUCGUCCAUGACGACGACGCAGCUGAUCCGCCUCGUGGUCCUCACCGUCGCUCUGCUGGGCGCCGCGGCGCCGCGGCGCGCGGCGGCGUUGAACCCGCGCAUGCUGUUCCUGGUGAAGCCCGACCCGAUCGUGCUUCGGGACCACGGCGGCGCGCUGCUCACGGGGAACAACCUCACCGUCAACCUGCUCUUCUACGGGCGCUUCACCCCAGCGCAGCGCGGGAUCGUCGCCGACUUCGUCCGCUCCCUCUCGGACUCGGCCGCGCCUCGCCUGCCGCCGUCCGUGGCGUCGUGGUGGCGCACCACCUCGCUGUACCGCGGUGGCGGUGCGCGGGUGCGGCUCGGCAGGCAGAUCCUCGUCGACGAGCGCCUGUCGUCGUCGUCGCUGGGCCGCCCGCUCUCGCUGGGCAACGUCACGGCGCUGGCGCGGGCCGCGGGGCACCACCGGGGCGCCGUCACCGCGGUGCUCACGGCCGCCGACGUCCCCGUGGCGUCCUUCUGCGUGUCGCGGUGCGGCGGCCACGGCCACGACCGCGGCGGCGCGCACGGCCGGGCGCGGUACACGUACCUGUGGGCGGGGAACCCGGCGCAGCAGUGCCCCGGCCAGUGCGCGUGGCCGUUCCACGGGCCGACAUACGGUCCCCAGACCCCGCCGCUGGUGCCGCCCAACGGCGACGUCGGCGUCGACGGCAUGGUCAUCAGCCUCGCCGCCCUCCUCGCCGGCACGGUCACCAACCCGUACGGGGAUGGGUACUACCAGGGCGACGCCGCCGGCGCCGGGCUGGAGGCUGCCACGGCGUGCGCCGGGAUCUUCGGGAGCGGGGCCUACCCCGGCUACCCUGGGAAGCUGCUCACUGACCCGGCCACCGGCGUGAGCUACAACGCCGUCGGGCUUGGCGGGAGGAAGUACCUGCUCCCGGCAUUGUGGGACCCGACGACCUCGCAGUGCAAGACACUUGUCUAGACAUGGCAGACUGGCAGGAGUGACGCCCGCGGCGCGUGGAGAAUGUCAAAUGCAAGGAACUGACGCAUGAAGGGAGAAAAAAUAAAUGCCUCAUUUGUUUCCUUCCCUGUUCACUUGUUGCCUGUACUUGUAGUUUGUCCUACGAGGAGAGAUUGCAUGAUGCAUUUGAUUUGCAUGUGUUAUUUAAAAUG